GUUUAGAGGAAAAGAUCUAAAAAAUAAAAUUUUUGUGUCACAAGCCUUGGUGCGAAAUGGCUCGACCGAGCCAAUAGCAAUUAAUGUAAAUGAAGAGUCAUAAAAUUCAAAGAAAAAUAUUAAAUUGAAUAAAACUUUUUCUUACACAUAUAAAAAAACCAGUAGGCCGAAACACAUAAAAUUUCAAGAAAAUUGGUCGAGCCAUUUCAGACAAGUUCUAUUACAAACAUUGUAACCCGAGAAUUUAAUAUUUUUGAGCAAUGCCAAUAAGACGCAGAGGGGCCAAUUAGAGUCGUCAAACGAUCAAGUCUAGAAACAUGCAAGAUAUAAGAGUACGAAAUUCAGACUGAUUGGAACGGUGACCAUAUCCGUAACCGGAAACGAUGGAAUGGAACAAACACACUCAACAUUACUCGCGCACAAUCCAAAUUGUAUUAUCUGAUUAUUCCGAGGCAAUGCAUUGCAUAUGUACAUACAUAUAAUGUUUUCGAGAUGAUAGUUUGUUUUGCUUUCACAUGAUGUUUCCUUUCACAAAAUGACAUCGGCUAAGAAGUUUCGUAUAAUUCGGAAAGUAUGCCCAACAUAGAUCACCUACAUAUGUGUCAAUUUAAACGCCAGAUGUAACUGCAAUUUAGCUGCCACAGAUUCUGGCUACAAUAGCGCCAAAAUGUAUAGGUGGAAUCAUUCGGGUCGAAAGGAGCCAUUGAGGCUUCAAUCCAUUGAGGUCAAUAAGGAGUUGAAACAAGGACAACGCAGGGAAUUUAAGUCGUUUUCAUAUCCCGACAAGAGUGUCAUCUAUGCAAGGAAUAGUCGGAAAUACUCUGUAGAUACUACGGAAAGCACAGACAAAGAUUUAACUGAUGGUUCAGCUAUAUAUUCAAGAGGACAUCCUUCUAUUUAUCCAGAUGCAAAAUACAGAUUUACGUCGUCGAGUGAACAGAGUAAAAAAAUCCAAUUAAUGAAUUCCAGAAUUGAUAGGGCCAAACAAUUUUUUGCGCAGAGUGGCAUUUUAGGGACAGCGAACUUCCAAAGUUCUUCUGACUUAAUAAGGAAAACUUCAAGCAUUCAUAUAGAUGCGACUUUGAAAGACCAGAUACGAAAAACAUCUUUGUGCCUGCGUUCAAGGAUUUGCAUCGAAAAGAAUAUACCAAAAAGCUAUGAUGAACUCAUCUAUUCACUUCAGAAUGAAGUCCUUACAUUGAAAGGAACCAUCAAUCAUGGGGAGACCAAAAUUAUCACACUGAGAACUGAAAUUAACAAAUUGAAGAGAGCCCUCCAAGAGAUAAUGCACGUCCAGAUGGUAGCUAGUAGCAACGCUGGUGAUGGCCUGUCGAGUACAACUAUUUGCCUUUUUUGCAAACCCAGAAACUGGACGAGCAAGAUUUAGAAAAAAGAUAUAUUUGGAUAGAAUUUUCUGUCAUUAUGUACAGGCCCUGUCACAGCUGUCAUUAAGACAAAAAAAAACAAUUAUGAUUAUUUUUUAAUUAAUUAAUUACACUUUAUUGAGGUUAUUUUCAUCUAUUACAUUUGAGAUAAUAGCGUAAUAUUUACAAUAAAGAAAUUCAGCUUUUAAUGCAUAUUGAAUAAAUUAAAUAAAAU